AAAUACAAACCAUAUGUCGCAUAAUUCUUCCUGUCUGUCUCUUCACUUCAGAUUAUUAGUGAGUGUGGAGGUGCGUGAACAUGAGGUGGUGGGCAUAGAUUUUGAGAUUGAGUGUUUAACUGCUUCAUCAAUACCCACUGGUGACGUGCCCACCCCUUACACUGCUGACACUGCCCAGUACUCUCUGAUAGGAGACUACGAUCUCAUCUACACGAUUACAAGUGAUCUGCUGGGCGGGGUAAGUGCCUGGACCAGUACAGCCUCAGUAAUAUGUCAAGAAAUUAUUACUGCACCGGUGUUAGUAGCAGAAUUGUGGGUUCCCCUCCUCAUUAACACCAGCUUUGUGAUCUCCUUCAACCAGGGUGCCCCAGUCUUCUCAGAGUUGAACAUAGGACCGGAGGUCAAAUACACUUACUAUGACAAUGCAACAAAUAUUGACUGGGAUGUAAAUUUGUACUACACUGCAACAGGAACCUAUAACCUGACAGGCAAUGCUUCUAAUCUUGUCAGCUGGGUACUGUACACCAGCCUGGUGCAUGUGGUACCUGUGCUGACCGACAAUUGGCAAGCAACUACAAAUUGCCCCUGUCUAAAUGUUAGUCAAGGGUUUAACCUCAUCAUAGACCUACCAGAAGCCCCAAAUCCACCAUUCACAGCAAACAUCACCGCCAUGUACUCCAGUGGAGAUCUUUUCCCUGCACAGAGCCUGGACUUCGGUACCUCUGCUGGUGGAGGGGUGGCUGAGGCUCUCAGUGAGAUGUUCCACACAAUAAUCCUGGUGCCAGGCAACUAUACCUUAACGUUUGUCCUCAGGAAUGAGGUGUCCAACACUACAUUCACCACCUGGGUGCUGGUGGAGGAGGGAUUGGCAGAUGUCGUGGGAACUCCUAGAUUUAUAUUGGAUGGUAUCUUGACUGAGGGUAUGGGUGAAAACAAGAAUUCCUUCAUGUACAACACCACCAUCUACUUCCUACCAUCUGCCUUGAGAGGUUUACCAUCUGUAGAACGGUGGAAUUUAACGUUGUCCACUGGGGAGGUGUUGGAUAUAACGGAUACUGCAAGUGAAAACCUUACUUACGUGUUUGUGGAGGAAGGAACAUACACUCUACUGGUAUCGGGCUGCAACGCUGUGCAAGGGUGCAUCUCUUCUGACCCCAUCAUAGUCGUAAUCUUAACAGAUUUAGAAGGUUUUGAACUGCAUGAUGACGGAAGUAUCAUUGAACCGAACAUCACGAAGAUAAUAAAUGCAACAUUCACUGUAUUGCCACCAGUGUCAUGUGUGUUGGCAACAUAUGGUGACAAUAGCCCAUAUGAAACGUAUGGAUAUGAGAAAAUGUGCAGUGAGAAGUAUCCAAACGCUACCUAUAUGGGUGGACAUUCUAACCCACUCAUUCUUAAACAUACAUACAGGGAGGAAGGAAUAUACAUGGUGAGAGCUGUCGCCUCUGAUUCAAAAGUUUCAAAAACUAAUGACUUACAGGUAGUGAUUGCAUCGUUACCUUGCAAUAUGCCGGUGGUUACUAUAGUAAAAAAGAUGAUGGAUUACACCAACGCACCAAAAAAUUGGCGGUCCUUAUCAUAUGUACAAUCUGCAACAGCACAAAUUAAUUGCAGCCAUAGUGUGCCUGUGAGCCGCUGGUGGAAGGUGUUGAAAGUGAAAAGGGAUACUGGAGAGCCAGAAGAAACCAUCAACAUUGAAGGCGUACUCCCCUCCUGGAAUUUUUCCCAGCUGGACAUCACGCCCCUCUUCCUCCAAGUAGGAGUCUACAAGCUCUCAUACACCAUCAGAUUGAAUGCCUCCAAAAUCUUUCCACUUCAGAGGGAGGAUUACACCUACAUUGAGAUAAUUCCAUCUCCCAUUAGAGCAGUGAUGAUGGAGGGGUCGGUGUUCAGCGUGAGUCGUGGCUAUUCUCAAUUUUUGUUACUGCAACCCGGCAAGUUGUCAAGUGACCCGGAUGCCCCGAAUGAAAAGGACUUUAAUAUCACAUGGUGGUGUCGACAACUGAAGCCAACACAAGAAACCUUUAACAUUGUGGAUGAUAAUGACCUGAAGGUGUACAACAUACAUCCUGUGCCGGCUCCAGGUACCACUGAUGAGCGCACUAAAGAGGGAUGCUUCGGCAGAGGUCCAGGCACACUUGAGUACAGUGAUGGCACUUUAAACCUGCAAACCUCAAGUUUCAUACGUGAACAAGGCACAUACGAGAUCACUGCUCUCGUCAGCAAGGAUACACGAAAGCAAUACACUACAGUGCAGGUGGAGGUCAUGCAGCAUCCUCCACCCCAGUUAAAUGUAAAAUGUGUGGAAGAAAAACUGUGUUUACCUUACAAUGGCGGACUCCUUGUCAAUCCAUCUUCUCGUCUGGCACUUAUGGGCAACUGUGUGGAUAUGUGUGAGGGUGAGAUGAAACUUGAGUGGACCAUUAUGAACAUGACAGGGGACCCGGUGAAUGAGACAGACCCAGGUCCCGACUUCUGUAAACCUGAAGAGUGUAAACCAGUGUUUAUCACGACAAAGGCUGAAAGGAACCUUGCUGUCAACCCAAUUUUCUUCUCCAUCAACAAAAAUAUAGAGAAGUUCCGCUUCAGACUCACAAUGACAAGUUCAACUGAAUCUAGAGGGUUUGCAGAGAUCGUGGUGAUCCCAAACAAGCCACCAAUUGAUGGGACAUGCAAGUUAAGAACUGAAACUGUACGAGCACUGUUAGAUUCUACACUCACAUCAUGCUCUGACUGGAAAGACCCAGAGAAAAUGGGAAUUGUGUCAUAUUCCUUCUAUUAUCGUGAAGAAAAUGCCGAGAAAACAAUGGUGUCAUCAGGCUUUGCUAAUGUAAAUUUGGUCUUCCCUGUGGGCUAUUUUGAAAUUAGAUGUAAGAUUCAAGAUAAGUUUGGAAGUUUCACCUCUGUGUUUGUUGGGAAUGUGAAUGCUACAAUGAUUUCAGAGGCAGAUUUCAAAGCAUACAAUCCUUCCAGUGUCCUACAAAACUUAGCGGCCAUUGGUGAUCAAGCCACAUUAGGAAUGGUGUUAGUGGGGAUCUCUUCUAUUAGAGAGAAUGCUGAUUGGCUGUCAUUAGAUUCUUUAGAUUCCCUUGAGUCAUUCGAGGGAGAAGCAAAUGACAAGCUAACUCAAGUUAGUGCCAUGAAUAAAGAAUCACUUUCUUUUGCUUCCAGUACAAUGGACUUUGCCUCAUUAUCUCAGCUCAACGUUGGUGCUUGUGUCUUGAAAUCAUCUUCUUGUGGCAUCCUAACACAAGAAAUGGCAGCAUUUACAGUUGAUAUGGAAUUUAGGGAUAUGAGUAUUCAAUUUAUGAAGAAAAUGGCAGCCAAGUUAAAUACCACUCCUAUUUAUUCUCCAUAUGAUUUACAACCUUUUGUUUCAUGUUUUUUGGAUGCUAGUGUUUGCAUUCUAAGGAGUAUGAAUGAAAUUAUAUUGAAUCCAGAUAGGAGUCCUCCUACGGAUUUGAAGGAAGCCAAGGAUUGGAACUAUGAAACUGUUAUUGAUGGCAAAGACUAUAAUGUUGAGGUACCAGAAGACAGGAUAACUCAACUAAAGAAAAAUGUACAUGCGACUACAAUAUCAAGAGCAAAGAGUAUGCUGAUGGAAAUGUUUGAACUGAUUGAUUUUCUUUGCAUUAACAUCUUAUCAAAGAGUGUUGUUGGGGAGGUGAUCAAUGAAAAGUCAGAAAGUGGGGCAGGAAUUUUUGUUGCCAAAUAUAAUGAAAAAUCGUUAAGUGAUGGGUUGCAAAUUGACCCUAAGAAUGCCUUGAAUGCUUCAGUGACAUUCCCAAGUUCUUUCUGCCCUUCUAAGUCAAGUGUUAAAGACGCAAAAUGUGACAAUAUCUUUGGUGUGGCAGUAGUGGUGUGGCCAUGUUUAACUCAUGUGUAUCCAGAGAGUAUGAAAUUUCUCACACCAGAAUCUUUUGUACUCUCCAUCAAGCUAUUUAUAGAAGAAAGGCAUAUCCAGGUUAAAAAUCUUACUGCCCCGAUCUUACUGGCAAUUCCUCGAACAUAUAAGCAGUUACCAAAACCAGUUCUCACGGUGGCAAAAACCUAUAUCAACAGACAUGUACCCUUUGUGUACCAUCAGUUUAAUGUGUCCAAUAAUAAUUCUGCCUUCACUGUGGAUAUUACACCAAAAGAAGACAUCCCACCAAACUUGGUUAUUUUAAUAGAUCACAAGAGAUUACCAACCCCUUCACAAUAUGACAAAAUUUUAUUUGUGAGGGACCUCCCAUUAAAUGAUAAUGGAUCAUAUUCUUGGUUUGUGAAUAGCCAGAAAAAUAGAAACAGAAUUGGAUUUUAUCUCGCAGUAGCCAUUCUAAAAAAGGAACUUGACUUAAGUCAAAACUUAAGUCUGAAAAACAAGGAUUUCCAUAAUAAAUUUGAUUUUGAUUACGAGAUCCUUGUGACAAGUUCAGGAUGUUAUUACUAUGAUACACAAAAGAGUGCCUGGCAAGGCUCUGAUCUGGAGUGUGUGGCAGCUACAGAUACUCACGUUUAUUGUAAUGCACAUCAUUUAACACCCUUUGGGUCAGGGCACUUUCAUGUUGAAAAUAAAAUUGACUUUGAAUAUAUUUAUGCUAAUUUGGGUUUUACUAGCAAUAUUACAAUAUAUUUAAUGGUCAUAAUUACACUUGUUUGUUAUAUAUUAACAAUGAUAUGGGCUCGUUUUAUGGAUAAGAAAGAUGUAGAACACAGAGGAGUUCUUCCCUUAGAGAAUAAUAGUUUGGAAGAUAAAUAUCUAUAUGAAAUAACUCUUACUACUGGGCCUGACAAAGAAGCUGGAACAAAUUCCAUCCAGUUCAUAUUAUCAGGAGAAUAUGAUGAAACAGAUAUAAGAGUUCUUCCACCAUCUGAAGGCAGACGUUAUCACCGUUAUAGUGUUGAUACAUUUGUGAUGAGCACACGAGGGCCCCUGGGAGAUAUUUACUUACGAUGGCGGCUAGUGACACAGGUACUUACCAAUUGGCAGCUGGAGACAGUAGUGAUCCGUGAUCUUUCGACACGAAAUAAAUACGUGUUCCAGGCAAACACUUGGUUAGCUUUAGACCGUGGUAGCCAGAAAAUUGACCUGUUACUGAAGCCAUCACAGAGUGAGUCUGAUGACACAUCAUUCAGUACAAAUUCACUAUCUGUGUGGUACCAGACACUCAGCGAUUCACCUCGCAUAAGUUUAUUUGAAAUUGCUUCCGCAGAACAGGCCCUUAUUGGUAUCGUUUCAGGUUUACUGGUGUAUCUCUUGAUUCUCCUUCUUGUGUUUGUAUUCAAAAGAGCUAGACCUCGAAAACUCAAAAAAUGCCGUGCUCUUGAGGCUAUAGCCAAACAACGGAGGGGCCAGCAAGAACAGAAUGAAGUAGAGGCAGACAAAGAAGAUGAGGUCUUGAAUGAAUAUGACCAAAUGCCCCUUCAGUCAUCAGACAACCGAGGCAAAGAAGCAAGUCCUGUUAAGUGCAUUCCAUGGUGGACGAGAUGGCUGGCCUGGCUCAUAAUACUGGUUGGUAUAGUCGUGUCCAUAUUUUUUGUAUGGUCAUAUGGAAUUAUGUGGGGAGAGAUCAAAACUAUGAAGUGGUUCUCCUCUUACGUCAUCUCCUUCAUCUCUCUCCUUAUUAGUCAAUGGCUGAAGGUGCUAUUUAUAACCACAUGUGGAACCAUUUGCUGCAAAAACAUGAACUCUACUACAGAAGACAUAGACUGUGAUGAAGAGUUGCCAGAACUCAAGUAUGAUGAGGAAUGGAAGAAUACUAAACAAAUGGACCCCUUCAUCAAACGCAAGGUGCAUCGCAUUGGAGGAGUGGACUCAAAUGAACCAGAAGUUGGUGCGUUAGUCACCCGUCUUACAAAGGACAGAGAGAUGAGCUAUUUAGUACGAGACAUUGGCAUAUAUUGUUUAUUCUUGCUAGUUCUCUUCAUACUUGCAAAUGGACAAGCAGACAUCAAUGCCUUUCUGCUGCAGGACCACUUGACUCGAACAUUCAUCAAGAUUGGACACAGAGAUUUAGAUUUCAGUUCUAAGAUCAUUACAUCUGACCACUUCUGGUUUUGGUCACAGACGGUGAUCCUGACUGAGAUGCGUGCUCAGCGAUGGUACAACAAUGAGCCCCCGUAUGGCCUUAAAGGGUAUUUAGGAGAUCGAGUUAACAGGAUUAUGGGUUAUGGGAUACUGCGUCAAAUAAGAAGUGAUCCACGAACUUGUGUACCUUUCUCCAAAAUAAGAAAGACUAUAAAGCGCUGCUCAGGAAGAAGAAGUUGGGACCCUGAGGAAACGAGAAAUUUCUGUGAUGGAUGGUCGGCUCUAGAAACUUCGAAGAGUUCAUGUCAGCGUGAAGAGUUCCGCUAUAAAACUGCUGCCGAAUUUGAGACUUAUUCCAUGGAAGGCAAACUUGGUUACUAUAGUGGUGGCGGCUAUGAAAUUAAAUUGAAUGGACCCCAAGAAGAUGACUUGAAUAAACUCAAGAAAUUGCAAAAGUUGAGAUGGAUUGACAAAUACACACGUGCAGUGAUGUUAGAGUUUUCAGUCUUUAAUGUAAAUGUUAACCUUUUUUCCACUUGUACUAUUAUUGCAGAGUUUAAUGAAGGUGGAGGCAUUACCCCUAAAUGGAGGUUUGAGCCUGUGCGACUCUUGCCACAUACAGGACCUUUUGGUUAUCUUGUGAGCAUAUGUGAAAUAGCUUUUAUAAUUGCUACUGUCCUGUUUACAUUGAUUGAGAUCUGGAAGGUAAAAAAACUUAAAUGUAAAUAUUUUAUGUCAUAUUGGAACCUUGCCGAAGUCUGCAUCCUUCUUAUAUCUUACAUUUCAAUUUUUGUUUUUGUGUACAGACAUAUCUUGACCCAAGAUGCUCUGAAAAAAUUUAUUGAUACACAAGGCAAUGGUUAUGUGAGAAUUGACUCUGCAGCUCAAAUGGAUAAAGUUUACCUCUACCUGCUAUCUGCUAUAGUGUUUUUCUCAAUACUAAAACUUAUAAAAUUACUCCAGUUCAACAAGAGGAUGGAUGUGCUGGCCCUUACAAUUGGGCUAUGCUGGGAUGAACUCAAAGUGUUCUUCAUAGGAUUUGGUAUUGUGUUUUUUGCCUUCUGUUGUCUGUUUUACUUUAUGUUCCUCACAGCUAUAGAAGACUUUGCUAGGUUUAUACCUGCGAUUGAAACAAGCUUCAAAAUGAUGUUGGGUAAGUUUGAUUUUGCUGCAAUGAAUCGAGCCAACCCAUAUUCUCCAAUUCUCUUUUUUGUGUUCUCAGUUUUGAAUAGUAUGAUUCUCAUCAACAUUAUGCUCACAAUUAUCCUCUCAGCUUUCAAUGAAGUCAAGUUUGAUUUGGAAAAUAAGGAAAAUAAGUACAAUGUCAUUGACUUUGUGUGGUCUACAGUGCGUCAAACCUUGAAGUUGGAAAAGUCACCAGAUGACAGCGUGACUCCAAACAUCAUGGAUAUAAAAACUAAGAAAAUCAGUCCUAAUUACUCUAACACUGAAGAACUCCCUGAUAAGGUGAGUCAGUUGAUGAAAUACAUCAGUGAUGUUUAUUUCGAGGGCAACAUUAAUCUGAAUGACCCAUCAGCAGUGAAACAAAUCAUUCAAGGCCAACUACCCUCUGCCUCUCUUCAUCGUCCAUCUUUCCAACCACAAAGAAGCAGAUUGAUGAGUGGUGGCCAGAAACCUGUCAUCUCUAGUGACUGAGACAAAAGUAAAAAAAAACAACAACAAUGAUUUUGAUUCAGUUUCAUUUAUUUGAGUGUUGCAAAGUAGAUGUCCUUGUCCAGUUUCACCACCAAAUUUCAUUAUGAAACACUUAUAGCUUUACUGGAGCUCUUAACCCUUAGGCCCCGGGUGACGUUCCAGAACACGCUCCUUUUCCCGCCACUGUUUAAAUGCACUGCGCGGGUUAUCAGGUUCCGGUGUGACUAUUUGCUUGUCGUGCCACACCUCGGCCACAGGGAAGCUUCCUGAACGUAAUUACUGUACCUACUUUUGUUUGUUUCAUUUUCAUUGUUUGUCCA